AUGUUCAUACGAGAUAAGCAGUCUCUUGCUAUUGCAAAAGAAAACUUUAAAGGUGUAAAAAUGUUCUUAGCUCCAGACAUGGCUUUUGGUAUUGGACACGUCCCACGAAUGUUGCCUCCGUACUUCGAUAUCGUUUGGCUAAGAAGAAAAGACAACGAGUCUCCUAACUACGAGUUACCACCCCUGCCCAUCAGUGGGAUUUCAAUUCACGUAUUAGAUUGGAGAGGUGAAUGGCCUUCAAACAAAGGUAUAACGGACCUAGACAACGCAUUCAACAUAGCUCAAACAGGGUUCAACUUUUUACAGCGUGGACGAAUCGUCAUAACUGACCGUCUCCAUGGCCACAUCCUGUCUGUGCUAAUGGACAUCCCGCAUGUGCUGAUUGACAACCCGCCGUUUUAUAAACUCUCGUCUUUUGAUCAAACCUGGACAGAGGGUCUAGAGAACACAGUUCUAGUCACAAACGGUACCAACGCUCUGCAGGAAGCUCUGCUUCUGUUGGCUAAAUAUAACGAUACACUUCCUGAGAUUGGUCCAAGUGAUAUGUAUGUCAAUGACAUUGAAAUCUCCAGUUUUACCUAA